GUGAAAUCAUACAGCAUUUGUCUUUCUCUGUCUGACUUAUUUCACUUAGCACAGUACCCUCAAGGCCCAUCCAUGUUAUCCUUCUCUCAACCUCAGUUGCCUUGAAUGAGAACUGAAGAUAAUAUUCCCUGUCACAUGGGAUUGUUGUGGGUAUUAAACAAGAUAACAUACACAAAAUGCUUAGCAUAGAGCCUAGCACACAAUAAGACCUAAAUAAAUUGUAGCUUUAAACAUCUUCCCUUUGAGACCACAAGGUCACAUUCUAACACGAAUGGAAAUAAAAGCAUGAAAAACAUGAACAAAAACAGUAUAGGUCCUCACGCAAUUUGCAAAUGCUAACUAAGUAACAGAACACCCUUAAUUGCCCUCCCUGAUUUCCACAGAGGAAGAUUGAGGAGCACAAAGUUCUGAGGUCUUUAUCAAAUUCAUGAAUGGAGCAAUGUUAAAAUACAACCUCUAAAGCCCCUGCUAACCCUAAGAUUGGAAUCACAGAAUCUUAGAACGUCAAUGCCGAAAGAAAAUUUACAGAUCAGUCCAACCCUUCCCUUUUGUAGAUGAAGAAAGUCAAGGUCAAAGGGUUAAGUGAUUUGCCAAAAAUUACCUGGUAUGUUCCAUGAUUUCUUCAAAUACAUGUUAUUUCUAGCCCCUGCAUCCUUCCUUUUUCCUCUAAUGAACCUCUCUCAAUACUCUAUCAAUGACAGUAGCAAUUCGAACUCCAAAGAAGGAGCCUGUGUAUCCUACUUCCCAGUGAGAUUGAAAGGUCCUUCAGACAAGGACUGUGUCUUUUCUCUCAGUGCCUACAAAAUGGGUCUCCAGUGCUCACCAAUCCCCACUGAUUAACUGAUUGACUGAGCAACACAAACAGUUCUCUGUUUGUCCUAUAGAAACUUGCUAAGUGCUGAAUGAGUGAAUGAAUACAGAGUAGACCCUACUGUUAUGAGCAUAAUCUUUCUCUCCACUGCAUCAUCAGGCAGAGAACUGCCCGUCUAACCAAGAAGCAGUUGCUAGGGAGCCCUGGAAGAUGUCAACAUCUUGGGGGCCACAGCUUUGCUGCUUUCUAUCACAACGGCUGUUGUCUUUACCCCCUACCCACUCCACCCUUACUCCCCUUAUUUUCCUCUGGGGUCACCAAAACUUUUCUUGGUUUUUGGUUCUAAUAGGUAAGAAGAGAGAGAGCUGAAUAGCACUCAUAAGUCCAGAUACAAAAGCAGAAAGAGAAUCUUAGCGUGACUCAGCUCUCAGCGUUUAUAAACAGACUUAAGCAAGUCCUGACCAGGGUUGGGAGACCCCAAAUGGCAGAGCGUGCAAGCUGGAGGGAGGACCACAAGACUCCAAAAGGGAGAAACCCUGUGGAAUGCCGAUAGGGGUGCUGAAUCUUAGACCGGAUCAGGCCCCCUUCAGAAGUCACAUUUCUUCAGUAUACCACAGUUCUAGUUAUUUAGGCUUGAAGACUUGGAGUCUCUCCUGACUUCUCCACUGUCCCUGCCCCUCUUCUAAUCUGUCUAAAACCCCAUCCUUUCUUUUCGUCAAUCAUCCACCUAUCUUCCUACACGUAGUUUGGAACUACUGCAUCCAGAUCAAAGUCCCUAUCACUUCUUACAUGGGCCAUACAUGACUCCUAACUGGCACCCCUGCUCAGACAUUCCUCUUUCCAAUUCAUCCUGUACACUACAGUUUAGGGCGGCUAACUUGGUCCUGGUUGCCCAGAACUCUCCCAGUUUUAGCACUGAAAAUCUCAUGUCCUAGGAAACCCCUUGGUCCCAGACAAAGUGAGACAGCUGGCCACCUUACCACAGUCAGAUUAAAAGCUUUCCCCCAAAGAUGCUUUUAUCAUGUCAUUUUCCUGACCAAAAUGUUCCCUGCUUUCAAUUUCUCAUUAAAAUAAGCCCUAAAACAGGCCUCAAAUCUGCCUUAGAGAAUGUAUAAGAAAAUAUAUUGGGCUGGGCUCAGGAAACAAGGACCCUAGGCCUGGCUUUCAUCACAGCCCUGUGGGACUCUUGGCAAAUCAUUCAAGAUACUGGGGCCUCAGUUUCCUCAUCUGUAAAGUUAGGAGACUAAAACUAGAUUUCCUUUUUAGGUCCAAAAUUCUCCAGUUCUUUUCUUCUGCAUACCCUCUGCUCCAGCCAAACUUAACAGCUCCUUCUAAUCCAAACACACCCUAUAAAUUCUCACCUUUGUGCUUUGGUCUUUCCCUUCUCCCCACUAGGACUUCUCUGCUUUCUUUUCUGCCCACCUGAAUCCUUUGAGGAGCAACACAAACCCCACCUACUAGGGGAAGCCCAGGCCCAGCCCAUGAAGACUCCACAUACGCCUGGGUUUUCUAAUACUUAGCACUUCUCAGGUCCUGUACCUGGUGUUCAAAAGCUUUUUCUGUGUGAAGUUUCUUUAUUCCAACUGAUCUAAAAUCUCUCUACACUUUUGUGAUUCCCUUGCAGAAUUCUGAAGACAUCAUCAAUAAUAGCUAAUGACAACAUAAUAACUGAUUGAUGUAUGGAUACAUAGGGAAAAGUCUAACCAAGGGGCUAGAUGGGAGACAAAAGUAGAAAGUAGAGGUAAAUCUAGAAUUUUUUUCACUUUACACAAGAUUCUUAAAUGCUUCCAUAAUUCAAUAAUUCACUUACUCUACAAACAUUUAUUGAGAAUCUCCUAUGCUCAAGACACUGCUGGCAUGUCAUAGGUGCAGAGAUGGGGAUAAAUGGAGGCCCAGGUCUCUGAUAGCAUCUCUACUCACAGAUAUCAUAAGCUUCCAUGUUGUCCGUCACUCUAACUUUGCAGUAAGACCCUAAAAGUCUCAAGUGGUGGCAGCUCCACCAUCAUCACACCCCUCCUUCCCAAAAUUGGUCAUGUAUCUACUUCUCCCUCUAGCCUGCAGAGCUGUUAAAUGAAAAAACAUUAAAAAUAGGUCAAUACAUUAAAAUACAUAUUAUCUACCUACACAAGCAAAACAGCCUAAAACAAAUCUCUUCCGGGAAGUCUAUCCUAGCUAUCUGCCUAGAAUCUCUAAUCCCUCCCUUGACAGAUUUUGUGAAGUGACUAUAUUGAUACCCUUCUUUGGUAUGAUUUGACUGUUGUCUUCCAUUAGUCUUGGUAAAUGACGCAUAUUAAGCGUGAACUCAGCCUACAUCUCUGUCUUUUGGGACCCCCCACAGCAUGCACACACACACACACACACGCCCCUCUAAUUAAAUGGGGCUGGGGCUUAAACAGUGUCACCUAUUCUCAUGACAAACAGGUUUGUGAGCAAGCGCGGGAAGUAAAUCAAUCAAACAGUCUGCCGAGGGAGAGGUCAAGCUGUGCUGAGCUGGGCUGGGCCCAGAGUGAUUCAGGCUCCACAGAAUAGGAUGGCCUAUUAGGACAAUUAAAACCCUUAUAAAUAGGAUGAGUUUUCAGGUCUCCAGCAUCCUCUCUUGCUUCUGAAUCUUCGGCUCAUUCCUCCUUAAGCAGGUAAGACAUGCAUGGGGGAGCAAUGACAGCAUCCAUAAGGCUCUGGAUGGCAGCUACAAUGUGCUGGGCUGAGGAGGUCUGAGACUACUCCCUGUGGAUGAUAGCCUUAGGUACCCUCCUGCUCCUUUUUCUUGCCUCUAAGAAUAUGAUGAUAGCUGGAGUAGCCUACUUCUGAGCCUGUAAAGCAUACAUGCCUUUGUUUCAGCGUGUCCUAGGCAUCCCAAAAUGAGGACUAGAAAUAUUGUUGGGUAGCUCAGUCUCCCAUUGUGGAGCAUUUACCUUUUGUGCAAGUUAGGCAAGACCCAAGAGUUUAGGGCUCAUCAGAGCCAAAGCCCUGGACCAUGCGGCCACAGUAAUAUUCAAGUCUUAUUGCAAUGAAUUGCUAUAAGGGGCUCAACUUGUCCCAUGCAAUUCACUAUUUGCUGCUCAUCCUUAGUCAUCACUGCAUGAUUUGGGAAGUCCACUGUGCUUUGCAAUUAGGGCUUCCAUUUGGCCUGUAAACCCAGUAACUGAAAUUUUCACACCAUAAGAAGAAAUAUCAUUGAGAUCUGAAUCCCAAAAGACCCCAGCCUCCCAGCAUGGCCAAUGUGAACCUACUUGAUUGUAUAUACUUUCUAUCAUCUAGACAGUUAAUUCGGCUUGCUAUUUUUAUCUGUAACAGUUUUUGUAUUUACUGAUUCUACUCUAUAAGCACAUCCCAAAAUGACAAUCCAGGCAAGAAGUACUUGUUUUAACCUCCCAGAAAGCUUCCUUGGCCCAUGACCAAAGACCUCUAGCCUUCCUACCCAACUUGAGUAAGGUUCUUAGAAGAUUGAGGCCUAUUCAGUGGGGUCUAUUUAGUGCCUCCUCCAGGGUGCUAGUCGUUGGUGGAAAAUUAUGCCUUACUACACUGGCUUCUGACCCUGUGUCUAUGGGCUUCCUGACCUCCUUUCCUUUUUGUUUUAAUAUGAGAGUUUCAAUAACCAAGUCCCACCUGGAGUAGAGGAUAGGGCGUGUAAAACACCUACUAUGUAUUUUUUGUGUUUUAGGAAAUUUCUCCUCUUUCUGGCAGGGAAUCCAUAGUUUGUACCCAUCUCCCACUGUCAUACACGAUAUUUGGAGCCUGACUCUGGGUCAAAGGGAGUGAGGAGUAUGGCUAAAAAAGGGCUCAUCAUUUCUUAAGCUUCUUUUUCUAACCAAGAGGGGCUACUUUCUCUCUGGAAAUGUUGUCUUUGGUCUUCAUGCUAAAUACAAAAAAACUCUUGUUUCUUCUUUUAGGUUCACCCAUCUCUGCCAAAAUGGCUCAACUCCUGAACAGCAUACUCACUGUGAUCGAGGUGUUCGAGAGAAAUGCUAAAGAGAAUGGGGACAGUGCCUCACUGUGCAAGGAAGAGUUAAAGCAGCUACUCUUGACUGAGUUUGGAGACAUCCUCCGGAGACCAAAUGACCCAGAGACUGUGGAAACCAUUCUGAGCCUCUUGGAUCAAGACAAAAAUGGAUGUGUUGAUUUUCGUGAAUAUCUUUUGUUGGUGUUCCAAUUGACCCAAGGCUGUUAUCAUAAGCUGGGUAAUGUGUCAUGUGGAGAAAGAACCUCCCAGCAAGAAGGGGAGCAGGUUGGAACAGUAGACCAUAAGUUUCCAGGAAAUACAGACAGACAACACAGGCAGAGGCAUGAAGGAGAAAGGCAGGACUCCCACCGCAGUCAGACUGAGAGACAAAAUAUCUGCCAGGAUCAGGCUGAGAGACAAGAUAGGAACUCCCACUAUGGUCAAGCUGACAGACAAGAUAGGAACUCCCACUAUGGUCAGGCUGACAGACAAGAUAGGGACUCCUACUAUGGUCAGUCUGAGAGGCAGGAUCAGGAUUCCCACUAUGGUCAGACUGAGACACAAGAUAGGGACUCCUGCUAUGGUCAGUCUAAGAGACAAGAUCAGGACUCCCGCUAUGGUCAGACUGAGACACAAGAUAGGGACUCUUGCUAUGGUCAAAGAUUGAGUCAUAAAUCUAGCUGUGGCCAGCCUAUAAGACAAGGAUAUAUCUUUGCCUUAAAUAAAUAUGAGAAACAAGUUCAGGAUUCUCAUUAUGGCCAGUUGAAAGAUUUGGACAACAAAAGCUGUGGCCAUUCUGGAAGAGUUAGAGAAGACUCUCAUUCUACCCAGACAAACCAACAAGAAUCAGGCUCUUAUUAUGGACAGUCUGGGAGGCUGGGCCAGGAAUCAGACUGUGGUCAGAGAAAUAGGCAAGAAUUGCAUUCUCAAUAUAGGCAAACAGACAAACAAGGCCAGAGUUUCCACUAUAGUCAGACAGACAGACAAGGCCAGAGUUCAUACUAUGGUCAGACAGACAGACAAGGUCAGAGUUCCCACUACAAUCAGACAGACAGACAAGGCCUGAGCUUUCAAUAUGAUCAGACAGACAGACAAGGCCAGAGUUAUCACUAUGGUCAGACAGACAGACGAGACCUGAGCUCUCAAUACGGCCAGACAGACAGACAAGGCCAGAGUUAUCCUUAUGGUCUGACAGGAAGACAAGGCCUGGGCUCUCAAUAUGGUCAGUCAGAGACUGGGGAAACUGGACACUUCCAAGGGAGCGAAGGAACAAGCAGAGACUCAUAUGUUGAGCAAUCAGGAAGGUCAAGACGACCAAGUCAACAGACUCAAGGACAGGAAGUAAACCUAAAUCAAGAACAGAGAUUCCAGUCCAGGGAAGGGCUGCAGAACAGCCGCCAGGCUUGGGAGCCUGAGGAAGAUAGCCAACACCACCAACACAAACUUGUAGUACAAAUCCAGCAAGAAAGGCCACUCUGUCACAAAGGGAGGAACUGGCAAUCAGGCAGUAGUGAGCAGGGCCACAGACAGACCCAGACCAAACAGAGUCGUGGUGAGGAGCAGCGCCACCAGACAGAGGAAGAGCAGGGCCGCCGAAGCUGUGGUAGACAUGGUUGUGAGGGUCAGGAAAGUCCACAUGAGGUGCAGGACAGGCAAACCCAUGAAGAUGAGCUGAACCGUCAGAGACGAGACAGGCAAACCCAUGAAGAUGAGCAGAACCGUCAGAGACGAGACAGGCAAACCCAUGAAGAUGAGCAGAACCAUCAGAGGCCAGACAGGCAAACCCAUGAAGACGAGCUGAACCGUCAGAGGCCAGACAGGCAAACCCAUGAAGACGAGCUGAACCGUCAGAGACGAGACAGGCAAACCCAUGAAGACGAGCUGAACCGUCAGAGGCCAGACAGGCAAACCCAUGAAGACGAGCAGAACCGUCAGAGACGAGACAGGCAAACCCAUGGAGAUGUACAGAACUGUCAGCAACAAUGGGAUAGGCAAACCCAUGAGGAGAAAGAGAGGUAUCAAGGGUCCCAGCAUCAACAAUCCUAUGGGACUCAGCAAGGCUGUUCUAACAGGGAAAAAUUCCGCAUGAGUGAGAAUGACCAGAGCCAAGGUUCCCAGGGAAGACACAGUGACCUGGCCUUCCAUCUACCCCAGAGCAGUGGGAGUUCCCAAAGAAGAGAACAGGGUAGAAGUCACCCUAACAAGGCAGCCUUUGCUCCCAACCCCCUCUAUGACUAUGUACAAGAGCAGAAAGCGCAAGGGCACUAAACUGUGUGAGCACCAGAGCUAAAGCAACACGAAGCUGAGGAAGAAUCUGCAUGUCAAGUUCAUCCUUACCUCUGUUUAAGAGAUUGAAAAUGUAUGUUUUCCUUCUCUCCUCUAUCUAUUUGCAAGGAUACUUUUGAAGACUAGCAUUCACUUUUAGGGCAUUUCAGCUCUUUAAGCAGCAAUUCUAGGGUUUUCCAGCUGGGUGAAAUCUGAGUGGUAAAUUGGGUGAAAUAAUCAGAUCCCAAUUUUGAUUAAUUUGGGGGAUUUAAAGCAUUUCAUGGUUUUCCCUCUGUGUAGGUGGGACCUGGUUGGAUCAUUGAAGGUAGAAACUUCUCCCAAAAGUUCAGAAACAGGAAAGGUAGUCUGAGGAUAUACAUUAUAGCCCAAGGAGAAGCCACCUGGGCUUUGGCGAGCUUUGGCUCCUGUGGAUAAAACAUCAGGUAUUGCAAGCCUUAUAGUCUACACUAAAAUGAAGCACAGUGAGAGGCUGCUAGGAGAACCAGAGGCCACAGAGGACAUCUUUGAUGCUGACAACACCUCCUGCGCUCAGGCUCCUACUCCUCACUGGAGGAACUGUUCAAUGAGCUACUAUCACUAGAGCUGACUGGACCAAUUCCAGCUCAAUGCCUUUCUAGUUUCCGGUCACAUAAAACAGAGAGAAAGCGUAUGUCAUCUGUUUGCAGUUUCCAAGGGGCCAAAACUUUAAAUACAUAGCUCCUGGGACCUGAAAACCCUUCAACAAGGAAAUCUAUGGAAAUGUGUUAAAAUACCCAAUAAAUGAUUGGUGAGCAAUGAUCUCGAUCACUCUUUUCCUUCCUCACUACGGGGCCAUGCUAUCUCCAUUUGUGGGCCAUUUCCCAAGAAUAAGACCUCAUUUCUCAACUUCUAAGAUCUCUUUAUUCUUUUAGUUCCUGGGCACUGAAAAAAAUAAGAAUCAAUAUGAAACAAACAACAAAGAGUCAAAAAGAAUUUAACUAAAUAUCAUUCUCGGCUUCUUCUCCCACAGGGGAGUCACAUUUGACCUUUCCCCUUCAUUCACCUCCACAUUCAAAUGGUCAUUCAGUCUUGCCAACUCCACAUCCUCCAUAACUCUUAAAUCUCUUCCCACUUCUCCAACUCUACUCCCUUAAUCUCCCUUCUCUUCAGUGCCUCCUAGUGACUUUAGGAUAAAGUUUCAUGACUUAGUAUGGCCUAUAGGCCCUUCACCAUCCGACCCAGAUGACCUACCCAGCCUAGUGUUGUGAAAGUCUCCUCCCAGGAGCAUCCAGUGUUCCAGCCAUGCCAUGGAUUUGGCCUUUUCUUCAUACACCAUGGUCUUUCAUUCAUUCAUAUCUUUGAAUAUACCGAUCCAUAGCCUGGAAUACCUCCCCUCCCUUUUCUGCCUGGCAAAACCGUAGGCAUCCUCUGUGUCCCAAGUAAAACACCACGUCUUCUGAAUAGCCUUCCUGGACACCCAAGCACUCUUCUCUAAGUUCCCACUCACUUCUGUUAUAUCAUUUGUCACACACUCUAUUUUCAUUAUCUCCCCUAUCAAACUGGGACUAAAACCGGAUCUUACUCUACCUUGUACUGCUCAGCAUUUAGUGCAGCCACUGAUGUCUAGUGCACUCAUUAGUUGUUUGUUUUAUAGGUGGGCAGAUGGAAGAAAUAAGUCUGGUUUUGGAAUAAAUUCAAAUAAACAUUUAUUGGGCCUCUACUGUCUGUUACAUAGACAGGAGAGACUGAAUAAGGCCCUUGUUCAGUAAGAGCUCAAUGAAUGAAACAGUAACCUUUUUAGAUAUCAUAAGCAGAAGGAGAUUUAAUGCCUAGAAUUAUAAGAGCUGAAUUAUUAGAAAUCAACAAGUGACCCCUGGAACUAUUGAGUUCAAGGCAUCACUAGAGCUGUGAUCCAGGAUCAGAAAUCUGAGAUCCAGAAGCUGCUGGUACAGUUGCCAAAACUGCCUGUCAACAUCCACAUCUCCAUAUCAUGUAAACACAUCUAAUUAGAAGAACAUAAUUCACAUCCAGAACCCUAGCUGCAAGCGAGACUAGGAAAUACAGAAGGAGAUAAGAACAGAUGCUGAGGGCCAUUGGAUCAUAGUCACCAUAGGAAGUAUAUAAAAACUUAUAACAACAGCCCCUUUCCUCAAGGAGAUUGCAAUCUAGGAAGAAAUAUGUGUACAUCAAACAACCAUGAAAUAAGGCAAGAUGUCAUAAGUACAAGAAAAUUGCUGUCAUGGCACCAAGAAAGAGUAAGUAACUCUGUCUGGCAGGAUAGAGAAAGGCUUUCGUAGAGGAAAGCACCUAACCUAGGGCCAUGAUCCCCAGGGGAGAGGGGAUGAGAAGGGUCACAGGUUGUCCUGGGCCUUAAGCUCAAUGGGGAUGCCCAUAUGUUGGCUGCUGUUUAAAUGGCAUAACUGUUCAGGGGUAAGAUGGGUCUUCUUCACAAAUGUUCUCUGUAACUUAGACCUUCCCAAGAUAGGUAAACCAGAGGAUGGAAAAUAAACUGAAAGGUGAGAGAGCUCAAAAUCUGGGAGUUGCUCAGGGUUCACGGAGGCUCUCAGUGAGUCGCCUGGCAGUGAAGGGUGGGAGGGAUUUAGGCAUUCUAGGCAGAGGGAACAGCAUGAGUACAAGACGGAGAAGGAAAGUUCAGGAGUGUUUGAUGAAGCAAAACGUACAUACAUAGAACACUAAAGAAAGAAAGUAGAGAGAGUCAAAGCUGAAAGGAUGAAUUGAUCUAGAUCAUGGAGGAUCUCAAAGUCCACCAUGAAGAGGUUUGGAAUUUUCUUCUGUUAAUAGUAGGAGCCAGGGGCCCACCUGGUGGCGCAGCGG